GUUCUCGCACUCUUCUAUGUUUCAGUUCUCCGGGCAUCAAUUCCGUGAAGGAGAAACGGGGGUUACGACGUUGUUUACAUUCAGUUUAAUUAUGCAAAAUACAUUAAUACUCAUUGCAUUUUACAAUCAGUAAGUUCAAAAACCCUAAAUCUCUGCGCACAAAUCCGUGUCGUUCACAUACUACGUCAAGAAAAUGCUGCCGCCUAAAAUAGAAAAACCGGAAAUUGUAGUUGAAAUCGGCAGUAGCGACGAUGAAGACGUUCCACAAGUCAACCCAACUUCUAAUAAAACGACACCUCAAUGCGUACCCCUAAUGCAGCUACAGCAACAGCAAGACGUUGCAGCAAUCACACCACCGGUUCCGGUUAAAGAAGGGUUUGAAUCCAGAAGUUUCUGGAAAGCCGGGGCUUAUGCUGUGGGACCCACCACUGUACUGGCUCCUUUUGAAGGUUCAUUGGAGCAUGCUCGUGUACACCCUAAAUUUCUGCAUUCAAAUGCUACUUCUCAUAAAUGGGCGUUUGGAGCAAUUGCUGAGCUUUUGGAUAAUGCUGUUGAUGAGGUACAAAAUGGUGCAACCUUUGUGAAGGUCGAUAAAAUUGAUGUCUUGAAGGAUGGCUCUCCAGCUUUACUUUUCCAAGAUGAUGGCGGUGGAAUGAAUCCUGAAUGUCUGCGAAAAUGCAUGAGCUUGGGCUAUUCGACAAAGAAGGGAAGCUCGACAAUUGGACAAUAUGGUAAUGGAUUCAAGACAAGUACCAUGCGACUUGGUGCUGAUGUUAUUGUCUUCAGUCGGGCAACUAAUGCAAGCAAAGCUACCCAAAGUGUUGGUCUUCUAUCUUAUACCUUUUUGCGGAAAACUCAGCAGAAUGACGUGAUUGUUCCAAUGAUUGAUUUUGAUAUUUCUGGCCAUUGGGCAGACCCAAUAACUUAUGGCUCACAGGAUGAUUGGUCUUCUAACUUGGAAACCAUCCUUGAAUGGUCACCCUUUGCAUCAAAGACUGAGCUCAUGGAACAGUUUGAGGAAAUUGGACCACAUGGAACAAAAGUGAUUAUUUAUAACUUGUGGCUGAAUGAUGAAGGCAUAUAUGAACUAAAUUUUGAUGACGAUGAUGAGGAUAUACGUUUGAGAGAUGAAGCUAACCAUGGACAUUUGAAAAAGUUGUCCAAAAGAGUGCUUGAACUUCAAUCCCAUAUCACUUACCGCUUUCGUUAUUCAUUAAGGGCAUAUGCUUCCAUGUUGUAUCUAAGAAAGUUUGAGAACUUCAAAAUUAUAUUAAGGGGAAAACCGAUAGAGCAGCUUCAUAUUGCAGAUGAGUUGAAAUAUAAGAAGGUGGUAACAUAUAGGCCUCAACUAGCUACAACAAUGAAAGAGGCUUGUGUGGAAACUACUAUUGGAGUUUUCAAAGAUGCACCUGCUCUUACAGUUUGCGGAUUGAAUGUGUACCAUAAAAAUCGCCUCAUCAGGCCCUUCUGGAAAGUCAAUGGUGAAGGUUCCGUAAGAGGGAAUGGUGUUGUUGGAGUUCUGGAAGCAAAUUUCAUGGAACCAACACAUGAUAAGCAGGACUUUGAGAGGUCUGCACUCUUUGUUCGGCUGGAAUCUAGGCUGAAGCAGAUGACAAUUGAAUACUGGAAAGACAACUAUCACUUAAUUGUACUUCAGCAUCCAGGUUCCAGUUCACAUAAUAAGCUAAAGAGAGACCCUGCCCAACCUCCUGAUGGACAUGCAGUUGACAUUCAGAAGCAAAUGCCUGCUAACCAACAAAAUGUCGAUUUUUCAUCUAAUGUCAAUGAAGGGAUGCAUCUAGGUCAACCUAUUGUUGGUCUUCAGGCAAACAUGAGGCAGAGUAUGAGAAAUGAGCAUCCUGCUAUACAGCCGAGUAUUGCACUCACUGAUGGAUAUAACGAUGAAGUCAUAUAUGAAGAUCGUCUAAUGUCAAUGUCAGCUGAUCAGUUAUGUGAGGAGAACAUAAACCUUUUCAUGAAGUGUGAGGAGCGCAGGCAGAAAGAGGCUGAAUUGAAUAAAUCGAUUGAAGAAUUAGAGAAGCGGUUGGAGCAAGCGAAAAGGAGGAAUGCACAAGUGUCAUUGCACUUGGAAGCCAGGAAGAAGGCUUCGGAACAAGCAGGAAAGGUUCCAUAGAAGUAAUUUUGAAGUUCCUGGUGGGACGAAAGCCAUGACCGACCUAAUGAUCUUUUGUGGGAAUAUCAAUUUGAAGUUUUCCUUUUCUUUGUUUAGAGGAAGAUCCACAUGAUCAUACUCAUGACCAAUUUUGGAAUGGGUUGGCUUAUUUGUAUAUUUCAGUUUAGUCUUCUGCUUCUUUGGGAUUGCUCAACAUUGGUUAUCUUGGUAGCUUGGCGUGGACCAUACUGAUGUACAGUAAUGAAAUUGCUAUUUAAGGAGUAUUUUUAAUUUUCUAUGAAGAUGAACUUCAGUUGUAAACCUUUAAAACUAGCGGCGAAAAUUGAAGUACCAAUACUUCGUAAAAUAAUCUUAUAAUUUUAAGCGGUUGGAUUUCAUCC